AUGGAUAACCAUGGAACAUUUAAACAAGUUAGUUCUGAUUAUAACGAAAAAUUUAGCGAACAAACCAAGCAAGUUGGAUAUCAGUUUCAGAAAAGUUUAUACGCUUACGACAGUUUCCAGAGCAGUAUUGAACGGAAAUUUGCAGUUUUAAUUGAUAAAAACUUUAUUGUUAUUGAUAACGAUGAGUUAUAUUAUUUAGUGGAAAUAAAAUCGGAAGAGGAUAGAGAUAACGAGGUUGUAAAAAGAAAAUCAGAAGUGGCUAAUAAGUGA